AUGGCGUGUCCCGGUGCGCGACGCGAGGGACUGAGGUUCUUGCGAUCGAUCUACGAUGUCGGCGUCGUCGCCGCGUCGCGCGCUCCCGUGACUCACGGCGCGGCUGCCGCCGCAGCGAUGCCGAUGGCACAGCAGGUGGUCGGCGGUGACAUCGCCCCUGCUGGCGCGCGCUUCGCUUCGCAGCUCGCAGUGCGCAACCGCAUGAAGUCGGUGCGCAGCAUUCAGAAGAUCACCAAGGCAAUGAAGAUGGUGGCAGCGUCUAAGCUGAGGGGCGUGCAGGGCAAGACGGAGCAGAGCCGCGGCAUGUGGCAGCCCUUCACUGCCCUGCUUGGCGACAACCCCACCCUGGUGGCUCCUCGCACGCUGAUAAUCACUGUGUCAACGGACAGGGGGCUGUGUGGCGGCAUCAACUCCACUGUCGUGAAGCACAGCCGUGCAGUCUCCGCCAUCUCUGCGCCCUCGGCGGAGGAGAACAAGUCGGUGUUUGUGAUUCUGGGCGAGAAGGCGAAGCUGCAGCUGCAGCGAGAUUCGAACAACACCAUUGUGAUGACCGUUGCUGACACGCAGAAGCAGGGCAUCAACUUCACGCAGACGUCCAUGAUAGUGGAUGAGAUCCUGAAGAACGUGGAGUUCGAUACCGCCCGCAUCAUCUAUAACCGCUUCAACUCCGUGGUCGCCUUUGUGCCCACCGUCUCCACCGUGCUCUCGCCCGAGACUCUCCUCAAGGAGGCAGCAGAGGGCGGCAGUGCGAGCCAGCUGGCGGAGUAUGAGAUCGAGGGCGAGGAGGGCCAGGAGGAGCUCUUCCAGAACCUCUCUGAGUUCCAGCUCGCGUCGACGCUCUACAACGCGCAGCUGGAGAACGCGUGCAGUGAGCAGGGCGCGCGCAUGUCAGCCAUGGACAACUCCUCCCGCAAUGCCUCCGACAUGCUUGGCCGCCUCACCCUCUCCUACAACAGGCCACCAUCACCACGGAGCUUAUCGAGAUUAUUUCUGGUGCUGCGGCCCUGGAGGGCUAAGGCCAAUGCUGUCGUUACCGAUUUGUGGUAUUAUUGUGACUGUACGUUGGCAUAG